AAUGUGACUGGAGUUCAGCCAUGAGCUCCCAGGUUCGUCAGAAUUAUUCCUCCGAAGUGGAGGCUGCAGUGAACCACCUGGUCAACUUGCACCUGCGGGCCUCCUACACCUACCUCUCUUUGGGCUACUAUUUUGAUCAGGAUGACGUGGCUCUGGAGGGUGAAGGUCACUUCUUCCACGAGUUGGCCGAGGAGAAGCGCGAGGGCGGUGAGCAGCUGCUCAAGAUGCAGAACGAUCGCGGUGGCCCUGCACUGUUUCAGGAUGUGCAGCAGCCAUCCCAAGAUGAGUGGGGUAAAUCCCAGGAGGCCAUGGAAGCUGCCUUGGCCCUGGAGAAGAAUCCAAACCAGGCCCUCUUGGAUCUUCAUGCCCUGGCUUCUGCUCGCACAGAUCCUCACCUCUGUGACUUCCUGGAAAACCACUUCCUGGAUGAGGAGGUGAAGCUCAUCAAGAAGACGGGCAACCACCUGACGAACCUCCACAGGGUGGCUGGGCUGUAGCCAGCGCUAACCGGUGUGCCCUCGCCAUCUCUGGGCGAGUACCUCUUCGAGAGGCUCACUCUCAAGCAUGACUAGGAGGCGUCACCUUCCAAGGGGCUCCCUCCUCUGCUCUGCACCAGCCAGCCUCAGGACCUUCACCCGAACCUCUAGGCAGCUUUGUAACUGCUCUGGAGCCCCUCCCAAGUCUUGGGACCAAGUGAAAAUAAAGCAUUUUGAAAUAGCAAAA